AUGGCUGAAGUCCUGGUACAUAUGAAGAUUACUUUCCUGAUGCUCUGCUUGGGGGUGUUUCUCUUCCUUUCUGGAUGGCCCCAUACUGGGCACUCUCAACACCACAGCCACCCAGAAGUGGUAAUACCCUUGAGGAUAACUGGCACUUAUAAAGGUAUACAGACUCCAGAGUGGCUCUCCUAUAGACUGCACAUUGCGGGUCAGAGACUCACUAUCCACAUGAAGGUCAAGAAGAUUUUCAUAACCAGACACUUCUCCAUAUUCACCUACACAGACCAGGGUGCUCUCAUUGAGGAUCAGCCUUUUAUCCCAAAGGAAUGCAACUAUCACGGUUAUGUGGAAGGAGACCCAGAGUCUCUGGUUGCUCUUAGCAUCUGUUUUGGGGGGUUGCAAGGAAUGUUACAGACAAAUGACACUCUUUAUGAAAUCAAGCCCAAAACACAUUCUGCCAAAUUUGAACAUCUGGUUUAUAAGAUUGACAGUGAGGACACAGAAUUCUCGUCCAUGAGAUGCAGAUUAACAGAAGAGAUAGCACAGCAAUUCCAGUAUCAAGAGCUUGAUAAUUCCAUCCUGAUGCAAAGUGAUUAUGAGGGUUGGUGGACCCACAGAUGGUACACAAGACUGGUUUUAGUUGUGGAUAAGGCACGACAUGUUUAUCUGGGCAAUAAUAUCUCAAAUACACAGGAUGAAGUCAUCGAGCUUAUAAAUGUAAUGAAUAUUAUUUAUGCACCAUUGGACAUGGUCGUGGUUUUACCUGGAAUAGAGAUUUGGAAUGAAGAAAAUCCCAUAGAAUACUCAAAGAUGCCUGCUUACCUGAGUAAUUUUUGCAAAUGGAAAAGAGAAACCUUUAACAAUCGCAUUCCCCAUGAUGUUAUCCAUCUUCUUGUAAGGCAUGGAUUUGGUUCAUAUCUUGGACUAGCCUUUCUUGGAGCAGUAUGUGAUAAGACAUAUAAUUGUGCCGUUAAUAGUUUCAGGGAGAAAUCAGUGAUCCAAUUUGUAAGUACCAUAGCACACGAAUUAGGUCAUAAUUAUGGUAUGCAGCAUGAUAUUCCAGGAUGUCGAUGUGCGAGUAGAAGAUGCAUAAUGUUUCCAUCCAAAACUUCAUCAUCCAAAUUCAGCAACUGCAGUUACCACGAUUAUUGGACUACCACUAUAAAAAAGUCCUGUUUGCGUCAGAAGCCAUCUAUAGAGUCCUAUUUCACACGAAAGCGCUGUGGAAAUGGUAUUAUUGAAGAAGAAGAGGAAUGUGACUGUGGAUCUUUAGAAUCAUGUACAGAAGAUCCCUGUUGUUCGACAAACUGCACUCUUGCACCAGGGGCUGCUUGUGCUUUUGGCAAUUGUUGCAGGGACUGCCAAUUGGUGCCAUCAGGACAAGUAUGUAGAAAACAAAGCAAUGAAUGUGAUCUUCCAGAGUGGUGCAAUGGAACUUGGCAUGAGUGUCCAGAAGAUGUACAUGUGCAGGAUGGGAGCCCUUGCUUGGGCAUGGGCUACUGCUAUGAAAAGAGAUGCAAUAUCCGUGAUGAACAGUGUAGGCAAAUUUUUGGCAAGAAAGCCAAAAGUGCGAAUGAGACUUGCUACAGAGAAAUUAACACCCGUGGUGACCGUUUUGGUAACUGUGGUAAUAAUAGCAGGUCAUAUCUAAGGUGUGAUAUUGACGAUAUUCUGUGUGGGAGGAUUCAGUGUGAGAAUGUGAUGGAAAUUCCCCCCCUGAGAAAUCAUUCUAACGUGCAUAUAACUCAGGCACAUGGCCUCAAUUGCUGGGGUAUUGACUACCAUUUUGGGACAGUAGCACCUGAUAUUGGUGAUGUGAAAGAUGGUACAGAGUGUGGUGAAGAGCGUGUGUGUAUCAAUAGGAAGUGUGUGCCUGUGCCAGCUUGGGAUAAAGAAUGUUUACCUGAUAUGUGCAAUAUGAAUGGAAUUUGCAAUAGUAAACAUCACUGCCAUUGUGGAAAUGAUUUUGCUCCACCAUACUGCCAACAAAAAGGCUAUGGAGGUAGUAUUGAUAGUGGUCCACCCCCUGAGAGAAAAAAAGAAUACCAGCUUUCACCUUGGCAGUGGCAGCUGCUUUCAGUCUGCACAUUAACACUACAUAUGAAUAUAUUUAAUAACUGCCUAACCUAUGGGUAUCGUCAACCCAGAGACCUUAGCAUCUGCCAUGUGAGCUCAGAGUACUGA